AUGGACCCUGAUUUUAAAAAGUCAGAUUGGUUAGAGGAAUUUUCAUUGCCACAGUCUGACUUUUCCAUGCUGCAGUCUAAUUUCGAAAGCAAGAUGCCCACAGAGACAAAGCUUCUGUCGUCGCAAGAAAUCAUAAAAAUGGCGAGCUCACGGUACAUAAAAGUCUUUGACUGUGGAGGCUUGGAUUCUUUCUUUGAUAUUCUUUCUGUCGCACCAGAAGACCAGCAGAGUGUUGAAUCUGUUCAUCUGCUGUUCACAUGUGCAGAGAUGAUGAGGAACAAGCAAUAUGAUCAAGCAGCCAGGGUGUUGAUGAGUUGCCGUACCUUCUCUUUGCAGUGGGGAAACCCUAUACAGAGGCUCUGCUAUUAUUUCUCCGGGGCGCUAGAGGAUAGAAUCGAACGCGAGACACGCUACGAGUUGAGUAAUUUUCUAAAAGAUGUCAUCGUUCCUACCUACAAUUUCCAAGCUGGUUAUAAUAAAACCGAAUUGAAUGACCUGGGAGCUUUUGCUACUAAUAUUAUCCCGUAUGUGAGACUGCUGCAAUUCACGUCUGUGCAAGCAAUCUUAGACGCAGCGCGAAAUGAUAGCAAAAUUCAUUUGAUAGAUCUGGAGAUUCGCAAUGGGUCCCAAUGGUCAGUGCUGAUGCAGAGCCUUGCGCUGAGAAGUUCUUCCUAUCCGAUUAAGCUUCUGAGGAUCACAGCAGUUGGAAAAGAUAUAGAAAAUCUGAUAGAGGGCGGAAGAAGACUUCACGAGGUCGCCCAGUCCUUGAAGAUUCCGUUUAUCUACAGGAUGGUGGAGAUCUCAAGUAUGGAGGAGAUUCAACAAGGUAUGUUCAACGUUAAACCUGGGGAGGUUGUUGCAGUGUAUGCUCCCUAUGCUUUCAGUAGUCUGUUAUAUAAACGGAAUCUUCUAGAUAAUCUGGUGGAUGUUAUAGUGAAAUUAAGGCCUCGGAUAAUGGUGAAUAUUGAAGUUGAAGCUGACCACAACUCACCUCGUUUCGAGAAUAGAUUUGUUGAGGUGCUUUUCUUUUGCAGCACUUGGUUUGACUACUUGGAUGUCAUAUUGCCGGAUAGACAUGAUACUCGAAGGGUCAUGUAUGAAGAAGUAUUCUGUGGGAAAACGUUAAGGAAUCUGGUAGCCUGUGAGAUGAACGAUAGGAGAGUUAGACAUGUUAAAACUGAUGUGUGGAGAUGUUAUUUCGGACAAAAGGGAUUGAAGGAGAUGAGCUUCAGUUAUCAAGCUUGGUAUCAGGCCAGAUUAUUGCUGAAAGAAUUUCCUCACGGAGAAUGUUAUAGUCUUGAUGCCAAUGGAUCUGCCAUAACGAUGGGGUGGAAAGGAACCCAAUUGCUUACAGUAUCUGCAUGGACUUGUUUGUGA